AUGUACCCCCGACCAGGCCCCCUCACGACCUACCCACCCCCGACCAUGUACCACCGACCAGGCCCCCUCACGACCUACCCACCCCCGACCAUGUACCCCCGACCAGGCCCCCUCACGACCUACCCACCCCCGACCAUGUACCCCCGACCAGGCCCCCUCACGACCUACCCACCCCCGACCAUGUACCUCCGACCAGGCCCCCUCACGACCUAUCCACCCCUGACCAUGUACCACCGACCAGGCCCCCUCACGACCUACCCACCCCCGACCAUGUACCCCCGACCAGGCCCCUCACGACCUACCCACCCCGACCAUGUACCCCCGAUCAGGACCACCCCCCCGACCAGGAUAUCCCCUCGACCAGACCACCCCCCGAUCAGGAAACCCCCAAUACGCAUCUCCGGCACCUCCGCGGACGCCCCGGGGGACACCAAGGCGCCCUACGGGGAAUCCUCCAGGCCCGGUGAAAAAAUGGGAAGGCCGAGCACCGACUGCCGUGGUGUGGAAAAGGUAAAGUUGGUGCUCAACGCUCCUGCUGGCGUGACCUCGGUGCUCAUCUCCAUCCCAUCGGCUCUGGAGCCUGUACCCAAAGACCUGUUGGCCUUCAGGAAGGUGUCGCUGCUCCCUCUGCCUCUCGACGAGCAACAUAAUGACUCUCUUCAGUGA